CUAUUUUUCACACCUUCUUUCCCUUCCUGCCUAGAUCUAUCACAUCAUAGAAUGUUUGCCACAAUGUCAAUAUCGUAUUCGUCAACAUCGCAUGGCCCUACGCUGUAUCAACACCAAUAUACCAAUACGUCCUUCAGACCCUAUUCCUUCGCGCAUCCAUCGCAGCAGCCACUCCUUUCAGACACCUGCAAUGCUCACACUGAAGACCUAUCAUUAUUAUCUACCAUCUCAUUACCCUCCAAUGAUCGUGACAAUUUUCCAUCACUUCUUGAGAUCCUCACCGAUCAAGCGAGCGAGCCAUUUUCAUUGGAUCGAUUUGCAGAAUUCCUUCAUACCCAAUAUUGCUAUGAGAACCUAAUAUUCUGGUGCACCACCCAACAAUACAAGUCAAUACUGCAGUCAAUUAGUAGAGCUGCACCACAAUUUAAUUUGCAUCAGUCCUCUCUCUCAUUCUUGAACCAGACACAGACACGACUCUUCUCUGAUCUUCAAAGCGAUAUGCUUGCGAUUCUCGAGACAUUUAUUUUACCUGACAGUCCAUAUGAAGUUAACCUUUCCGACACUGUUCGAUCAAAACUACUAAAAUCUGUGACAGAUGGUGAUUAUCAUCCACAAGUACUGAAACAGGCAAGCGAUGCUAUUAUAGACCUUAUGAAAAGCUCAAGCUACCCAUUGUUUGUGCAGAGUAUAUCAAGUCCAGAUCAACCAUCGUCUACACUGUUGUCCACUUCCAAGGUCAACACAGGCCGCGACAGGAACUCUUGGAAACUCAAGGCAAAAGGUCAUUUUAGAUUGGUCUCCAAAGCAUUAAAAAAAAACACGAUGUCAUAGACAACCAGCUUUGUUUCACACUCUCCCUAAUUUAUUCAUUGUAUAUAGUCCGUUACAAACAUAAAAAUAUAUAAAACUAAACAUAUU